ACACCUAGUCCAACCCAGUUAAUCAAAUUCUUUCAGCGCAUACGCAAGGCAUCAGCUGAACCUAAGAAAAUGUCUCUCUCUCCUGCUGAAGUAAAAUCAUUGGGAUCUCCACCAGCUGACUUGGAAAAUAAUGCUUUCAGUUUCAGUUCUCUUGAUAGCACUACAUCCUGUGCAGUCUCCACAGAUCAGUCUGUAACGGGGUUAGUGGUGCCAUCUGUGCAAGUGACUGAUGAAAGUGAUAAGCACGAGGAUGAUAUUGUCUCGAGCUCAAGCUCGAGCCUCAACUCUUCCCCCUUCUACAGUGUAAUUGGUGUGUCGUCAUAUGAUGUUAUGCCAACAGAAAACAAUGCCCAAGAAAAUCAGAAAAACACAGAUGUUGCAUUUGACCUGAAUGAGGAGGGGGAGGAGAGCAGGGAGAUUAGUGAUGGAAGGUCAGGGCCAUCACUGGAUAGUUCCUUCAUCUUCCAGGACAUCUCCAUUGCUUGGACAAUGACGUGCCAACAGUUCCGCAGCAAUUCUCAGUUCACUCUUUACCAAAUUGAGUAUGAAGCUCUUCACUUCUCUGAUACGGGUAUACCAGUUCUACGAACAGGAUGUGUUAAACGUCGUUAUCGAGAAUUUGUCAACUUGAUGUUACGCCUGGAAGAUAACUCCGCAUACAAAAAGCUACUAAAAGAUAUAAAGGGCCCCAAGCGCUGGGUGUCAUUACCAUUUAAGAACAUGGAUAAGAAAACAUAUCUACUCGUCAAAAGACACUGGAGCAGUUUCUAAAGGCCUUGAUACAAGUGGAGGCUGUGUGUAAUGGCCCAGAACUGCGGGAAUUCCUGGCUUAUGAAGGUGACUCCCACAUUGCAUUUGUCCGCAGAACUACAGAAAUCAAUGUUCCUCGCCUGGACAAGAUGCUGGUCAAAACCAUGUCAGGUGUCUUUGAUAAGCUCAAGAAUCUUCCCAGCCUACCUCAGGAGGUCAUCUCAGGCAUUCGUGGUCGUGAUAACACAGCUGAUAAAAAAGAUGAUGCUCACCUUCUUCGGGAUGCAGAUGGCAUAGUGCUGACCACGGAAUUUUCCCAACAAAUGCCUCACAGCAACCUUAUGAAGGACUUUUGUGAGAAAUUUGUCAGUGAUGUUCAACUAGAGGGUCUUAUUCCCAGGAGCCCUGCCUCUCCUUUGACACUUUUGCUACAGGAUGAGAGUUUAAAUCUCUCAGACCACAUGCUUGCUCAGGUGCCCAGACUGGAUAGCAGCGGAGCAGAGUCAUCAAAGCAAGAAGCUAGUGCCACUGAAGGUGACUCCGGUACAGGGAAUUCUGCAGAAGGACUCACAAUGUAUGAUGCAGGAGCGAGUCUACUAGUGCAGCUUCUUCCUAGUCAGCAUUGGUUGUGCCACGAGAGAGUCAUGAGAGGCAUGCGUAAUCUUCUCGGCAGAAAGAUAGAUAGGUGGCUACGCAACUCAGUGUCAAGCCUGACAACUGAGGAAAGGUGCCUGUACUACAUCCGCUUGCUCCGAGAAAACGUUUGGCCAGGUGGAACUUUCAUGUCAGGAGGGAGAACAGAAAAAUCAAUGGAGGAAAAACUGGCUACAAAGGCUGUGGCAAAAUGUCUCCUUCUGGAAUUCUUUCCAGGUGUGGUGCAGCACUUGCUGGGCACAGAGAGUGUGGACAGUGCAGUGGACAAAUUCUUGGGGUCUUUCCAAAACCGCAGACUAAAUAAGCACUUCCUCUAUUCAUCCCUGGAUAAACUUUUGGAAAAACUAUUUCCGGAGAUGUUGGACCCUAGCUUCCAGAGUCGAGUCCUUACAUGAUGCAGUGUUGUUGAGCCCUGGAUCCUGGUAUUUGUAGCACCCUGUCCUAAAUAUGUCCACUAACUAAUGAUAUAUUUUUAGCUGUAAAACACUUUGAGUGCUCGGAGGGUGCAUGUCUUGCUAGUCAGGUGUAGGAGUGAAAAUGUAAGUUAUUGCCAUAUAAAGCUUGUCAUAAUGUAUGGUGUGCAAGAGAGAGGACAUGGCAUACUGUGUAAUAAUUAUAAUUGCUGCUGUGAUGCAUGCACACUGUGUGUGAGGUAUAUAGACUUGAUGUGCUGCAUAUUAUGUGAUGUGUUCUGUUUAUGACUGACAUUUUGUAUUCAGACUGAAAUACAGCAUAUAGUCUCCAGUGAUUAUGUCAUAUGUGCUAUCAUGGUUGAGAUGUGAUUUGUGAUAAAAAAAAAAUAUUUGCUUUUGUAUCUGCUUGUUCAGGUCCAUAUUUCCAGGCAAACAUUUAUGUUUUUGCAAAUAUAGAUGUGCACUAGGUGCAUGCAUUCAGAUGUAUGAGUGGUAUGCACAUACUAGCAGGUGUAACUGCCAUCUGCUGUUUUACAGAAAUAUGUAUGAUGAUGUUUGUCACAUUGCACUUCAUGGAUAGUAUCAGCAUCCUAGUCUGCUUCAGUCACAUGUUGCAGAAGACAAGAGACAGUGUGUUAGAGCAUGUUUUAUAAAGUUGGGUAUAUUUUGCAGCAUGUUUCUUAACUUUUUGUAUUAUUCAUAUGAUAAUAACCAACUAUCCCUAAAAUGCUGAAGUUCCCUUUGUCAAAAGUAAAACCCUCAGAGCACCAACAUUCACAUGUUAGAGUUAGUUUAUCUGCCAUUUUCAUCAUAACAGAUCUUUGUUUUUUCCUUUUUUUGGAAGGGGAGUGUGCUUCACUGGCUUCCUUUUCCAUGAAAAAUGAAAUAGUAUAAAUCUGUAUCAAUUCCAGGUAUUGUAUAUAUUGUUUCAGCAUUCUCAGUUUUAUUUCUGAAGCUAUUGUGCCUAGUGGUGCUAUGAUACAUUUUGCUAUUUGUAGCUUUUUGUUUUGAGCUCAUUUAACAUUAUCACAGUCUAAAACACUUUGAAUGUUCUAACCCAUAUAGGGUCUGUGUACAUGCCUUCAUUUCUGUCAGUACAAUGUAUACACUUGAAUGAUUUUCAAAAGAACUAGGUGUGCUUUGUCUGUGUGAUACAACAGUACCUAACAGUUGUGUGAGUGGUAGGUAUCUGUAAUGCACAACUGAAAUUUGUCCCAUCACCUGUACAGCGCCUUGGAAUCAAUAUGACUGUUGAGUCUCUAGCAAAUGUUUAGUUGUCAGAAGAAUCUAUGAGCAGUGAACAUGAAUGUACAGCACUCUUGUAUGAUGAUAAGCUUGUCACUGUAUGGUAGUUAUGGUCAUAAUUGUUUAUAUCAUGAUCAUAGUAUGUAGUAUAAGCAUAUCAACAGCUCCUUACCAUGUUUCUACAGGGUAAGCAUAUUUACAGCUGUUUUCUUUGUCACCAGUGGAGUAUUUUUGCAGCUGUUUACACUUUAUUACGAUGGGCAUUCAAAUGAAAUGUUGCAGAUGGCGGGCAGAUGUCAGUCGAGCAUCCACAUUUCAUUUGACUGCCUCUUAUAUCAUUGUUCCUCACGCAUACUGUCAGCUGACUGUGUUUUGUCCUUACAACAUUUAUAGUAUCAAAGCAUGACACAGAUGAUUUAAAGUGAUGGUACACUCUAGAAAACAGUUUGUUUUAAAGAUUUUUUAUAACAUUAACACUUUGACCACACAUAUCUCCAAGACUUUUAAAGAACAUGCUUGAAAAUUUAGAUAAUAGUUUACACUUUACAAAGACACUAAAAUCAAUGAUCUAUGUUUUUGAGUACUGUUUGAAAGUUAUUUUGAAAAAAAAUAGUACAGUAAAAAAAAAAUCAUUGAUUACAGAUUGAUGAUAAAUUUUCCUUGUAACUACAUAAAACAUAUAUUUUUAGAUUGUUAUUUUAUAUUUGAUUAUUCCAAAUUCACAAAAUGUUAUUAGAAAUCUUUAAAACAAAACACUUUUCUAGUGUGUACUGUCACCUUAAGACGGGAAAAAACCUCAUUUUCAGAUGAACAUUUCCAAGUCUUUUAUGUUUCAGAAAUUUAGGGGACAGUCGUAAUUCUUUUUUUGGCUGCUGUCUUAGUGCUGUUAUAAACAUGCACUUAAGGCUAGCAGAGUUUUCAGGUGCACACUUCUAAUCCAUUUCUUUAAGUAUAGUGGGAAGAACAGCAGCAUUUGCAAUAUGCUUGUUAAUGGCUGAAUCAGUGGUGAAUAAGUCCUGUAAUAGGAGAAGCAGCUUGUUAUUGUUUUUGUCAGCAUUAGAUGCUAGGCUCACUCAUGUAGAUUUGUAUCAAAUCACACAGAACCAAGAGAAAAGAAAAAUUAUUCAUUUUUGUUGUUCAUAGAAAGUGUUAACACUCUUAAUGAUGCACAUAAACUGUUAUGCUUUAUUGGAAAAUUUGGUAUGAUCAUUUGAAUCUCAUUUGAAUACAUUAUAUGUUCAUUUAAAAUAAGUGCUCCUAGCAACCAAUGACAGCUAAAGAAUAAGAGACAGUCCUGUAGUGCAACACAUUGAGGAUCAUGCAUCAUCUUCGCACUGCAUUAUAUCAUGCACUUUGCCUUACAAAGAGUUAUUUGCUGGUGCAAACUUCUUUACCAUCUAGUUGUGCCAUGUCUCAUUUCAUAUUGUGCAAUAUGUAAGUGACGAUUACUAAGCUGCCAAACAGACCAGCUCAGGGAUGUGAAGAAAAUCUAUUGCCUUUGGGCUGUUGAAAAUACUUUGUUAGAUGUCCAGGCUUUUGUUCAGAAGGUAAAGGUAGACCCAUAACAUGUGAAAGUGAGUUGUUAGAAACCAUACUUCUCUCAUGCCAGGUUUUUUUGUUCCUGCGCAGCCUUUUCUUUCUUCAAUCCUCUGGGAGUUCAAGUACCCAGCUGGGUCAACUGGGGAAAUACAGCGUGAGUGUUCUAACCACUCAGCUGUCUGCAUCCCCAAAGUUUUGACUAACAUAUUAUAUGAAAACACCUGCAGCAACUGUUCGGAUCUUUUGUGAACAUUUAGCCAAUCGUAUGCAAGAGCCUGAAGAGGAGUACAAGCGAUGUCCUGUCAAGAUUUGUUUCCCCUUUAUUCCACUAUCAUUUUCAUGACAACUAACAUUAAAAUACCUAACAUUAUUUAUGAGUAUUUUAUCAUAUUGGAUAGCUUGUUUGAAAGAACUGGUUGAAAGCAAGUGGGGACCAAUACAUAAAAGCUUUUGCUUACAAAGUGUAAUUGAGCAGCUGAUAAUUGACAUUCCGGACAAAGCCAAUAGUAUUCCAUACUUUUGGGGCUUAUCUUGAGCCAUUCUCUUCUCUUUGUGAAAAGUAAAUGCUAUGGAGAAGUUAAAAAAAAAUUACAUGUUUAUUAUUUCUUGUGGAAUAAAUUUUGGAUGUGAUAAGUUGAGCAAAAUUUUUUUUAAACAAAAUAUGUGGCUUGUUCAAUUUUCAAUAUUAAAUGUGUUGGACAAAGAACAUUUUAAAUGACCAAUUAUGAAGUUUCACAGUUCUGUUUAUAUGUGGGGUUUUAUGAUUGUUAAAAUAUUUUAGAGUUUAUGUUCUGUUAUAUAGUUCCAGGUUUUACAGGAAGAAUGCUGUGAUAAUGUAAAGGAAGUUUCAGAACUGUAAGAUAACCUGUCAUUAUUAUAGCAUGCAUGCAUGUGGGUCAUAACAUCAUUUUGCAUGUCUUUUUUAAUUUUGACAUUAUGGAAUUCAUAAGACACAUUCAAAAUGCAAGACUGCAUAGCAUAUACUUUGCUGGGUGUGUUGGCAGGCCCAAGAUUACUUCCUUGUUUGUGGAAAACAUUUUUGAGUUUAACAUUCUUCUUGUGCAGGAACCUUGUCACACAAUUUGAAUCAUCAUGUCUACUAGCAUGCAGCAGAUUAAGAAAACAGCACAGCUAUAUUCUGAUGAGAGUGCAAUCUUUUGUAGACUCAGCAUGCAUUUUUGUGGCCUAUUGUGUCAGCUUGAUGACAUUCCUAAAUAUCACUGUUUUUAAAAAGAUAUAUGGAUACAAAAACAAAAAAAAAUAAGGAUCCUGUUCAUGUUUCUUUUUUUCAGAAUAUUUUAGCUGGGAAACUGUGGAUUCCUGUAUAUAUUUGUGUAUGCAUGGAUCCAAAAUUUGGGAUUUUACUAUUGCUCUACCCAUUUUCACCAUUCAAAAAUAAAAGGCACAGAGCCUUCUAGGAAGGCUUGUAAUGUGUUGAAUGUUUACAUUC